AUGGAGAAACCCACGAGUGAACCUAUCGUGCGAAAUGAUACCAAUUCAUCGGCAUCCUCUGUUUCAAUCAUCGAAUCGCCCAGAAAAUGCAAUUUAUCUUUCUCGAUUAACUUUGAUUUCAAUGAUGUCGAUAACGAAAAUUCGACCGAUUCUGAAAAUGCAGAUUUACAAAUUGAUAUAUCCGAAGUUGAUAAAUAUGAGCCGUCUAGUAAACAUAAACGAGAAGCUAUUGAAGAAGCAUCGGUACUUAAUAAAAUGGAAGAAGAGAUUGAGAGACAACUCGAUGCUAAAGCUGCCAAAACUAAUUUAACUGCCACUAACGUUAAAAAUAUAUUAAAACAUGUGAUCCCUUACGAACAUUUAAUGACGAUGAUACAAAAAUGGCUUGAAGAUACGGAAGAUGAUUUUAACUUUGGUCCCAAACUCACAAGAGCUAAAGCUAAAAAAUUAGCGGCUGCUCAGGUCAAUAUACCAUGGCCUAUCACUACAACACAGAAAGCUUCAUCGGAAGUGCAAGCUUUGAUUCAGGAGGAAUUGCCAGAAGAUUCAUCCGAUGAAGAAUAUAAUCCUGAUCAUGAUAAACAUACAGAGAGUGAUGAUGAUAGGGAAGUGGAAAAUACAGCAAAUAGUGAUAUGGAAUCACAACAAUCAACAUCAACAAAUAAUAGGAAUGUAUUUUGUCCUGAACAACAAAGGUCAUCGGAUAUACAAUAUGAUCCUGAAGGAAUUUUUAAAAUACCAGCUGUUCCACAUGUUGCAACAGAGGAAGAAAGUAUUGGUCAGAGAACACGUUCUAAAUUAUCUUUAAGUGAAACUUCUUUGGAGGAAAUAGAGCAAGCAUUUAUACCACCUGACAUAACUGCUGAUAUGACUGAUGAUUGGGAUUUUGAACUCGAUGAAGAUUGGGAUAACUUUUUAAAAGAAUUUACGCAACCUUUAACACAAGAACCAUUUAUAGAAGAUGAUCCAGAAGCAGAUCCAGAAUAUAACAUCUUAGAGGAUGAAGAAACAGAUUUAUUGGACAAGGAAGAACUCAGGACAGAUAAAGCAGUAGAAGUUCCUCGUAAAGAACAAUACGAUUUAAUUGCAGAAUUACUUGAAUUAACCCCUAUGUUCUCAACACAAGAAGAAGAAAUAUCAAGAAGAAAAAAGAUUCCAGACAAUGUAACUCCACCGAUUGAAACUAAUACCAUGAACUCUUCUAUGGUAGAUCUUUUACCGGUACUUGCAGAACCCGAAUUACCAAAAUUAGUAAAUUUUGAACAACGUCUUUUAUUAGCCACACAAUUUCGGCAACAUAUACAAUUAAUGGCACAGCAUUUUGUUAUGACUUACAUGCAUCCAGAAUAUCAUUCACUAUCAAAAACAUGUAAACAGAACUUGAAUAGCUUAAGAUAUUUGAGCAACGGGCCAAAUUCUGCAUUUAAUGCAGAGAACUUGGAAGCAGCUUUAAAAUUAAUAUCAACUUGGGAAAAAAAAUUUUCUGACACACAAUUCUAUACAGAUUUUAAACAGAAUAUAACAAAUAACAUUGUUAAAACUAAAACGUGUCAUACAAACAAGCGAAUAUAUAUUGAAGAAUUUCUUCCUGAAAUAAAAAAAUUAUUUGUCGAAAGUAAAGCUCUUAUGUAUCCAGCACUUUUACCGGAAAUACCUUUCAGGGGAGGAAUUAAACUUACAAAAUCUACAUAUUCAAAAUCAGAAGAAACUUUAAUUGCACUGGGCAUAGAACAAUUUUUACCAUUUGUUGCAUCUAGACCAAGAAAACUUCGCACAAAGAAAAUUCUAUUAGUUGAUGCUGCUCAACUUAUUUGUCACUAUCUGCUACCAUGUAGAGAUGCACAAGGAAUAUUAUAUCAUAUUAGAAAACGCCGUGUUUCUAAAGAUGGAAAUCCGAUUAAGCAUUAUUUUGAGAAAGGUUAUGCUCCUAGAAUAAUACAUCGCAUAACACUUGAUAAUAAGCCCAAAGCUCCAAAAGAUCAACCAAUAAGUAUUUUACCUUUAAGAUGGCAAAUUUAUCUCGGUAAUCAAAGAGAAUACAAAAACAAUUCAUUGAAAAAUAAUUACAUAUUUGAUUCAAACAGUACUCUUGGAAAACAGUGGAUUAACAUGAAUGCAAUAAUGAAGUCAUAUCCUACUGUCUCUAGCAAUCAUCCCUUAAGAAACCCAGUUGUAAAUAUAUUACCGAAAAUAUUACCUGCGACUGUAAACCCAAAAACCUUAAUUACUGAUAAAAAAGAUAGUCUUAGUAUAAAAAAAAAUACUAAACUCAAUGAUGACAAUGGCGAAAAACAAAUAAUUGAUAAUAAUAUACAAACUACAGGGAUGGUUACAGGAAUAAGUAAACCUAACAAAAAUUUACAUUCUAUAAAAACAGCUACUACAGAUGCAAAGAUGGUGCAGAUGGAUAAAUUACCUGAUGAACAAAAAAAUAAUACUAAAUUAAAUAAUAUAUCAGCUGGAAGCUCAAAGCUAUCCAAAGAUACAUCACAAAUAUCAGGAUUACCACAAAUACGUAAAACUACACCUCGAUUAGCAAAAACAAGAAGCGCACAGAAUAUGAAAUUGAUGGCGCAAGUUUUAGGUUCAAAAAGUUCGACCAACUGCAAUACAUUAAAAUCUAAAGAAAAAGAUAUCAUGGAUAAAAAUAUUGACGAACAUUGUACCGUAUCAAAAGUUGAUAAUGAGGAAGAGAUAGCAGAAUUAAUGCUAGCUAGUACUACAAUAAUAAAGGACCCUGUAAGUAGGAAAAAGGCUAAACAAACUAGAGAAUUGGAAAUUAUUAAAAGAUUAUUAAAAGCUGAUAAUCCAUUGACCGAAGAGGAGCGUGAAGCAAAAUUUGCAGCAUCAUAUCUUCAAAAAUUACACUUAUCAUUGGAACCUAAUAAUCCGGAAAUAUUUAAGACUGUGAUAAAGUUGUAUUUAGACUAUAGCGAAAAACUAGAAAAUAUUAACCAAACAGUUAUUGACCCAAUAUUUCCUGAAGAAUUUGCAACGAAUAAAGAGAUACAAGAUAGCGCGAUUAAAAAAGAUAUACUCACAAUCAGAUUAUAUCAAGAUGUCUGUAAAAGGUUGCAAAAUUAUCCAGAAAUGUGCACAGAUUUUCUAUUAUUUUUAAAGCCACAUCAAGCCACGAUGAUUGGUAAAUCCAUAGAAUAUAUGAUGUUACAAAAAAUGAAUGAUUUCGUCCAUAUUGCGCAAAUAUAUUUUGCUAAGCAACCAUCGCGGAUAGCAAAGAUGAUGCAGGCGAUCACACAACUUUCGUCUGAUCCGCACACAACUCUGGAAACUAUUCAUACCAUUAUAAGUCCAGUUUUUAAAGGCCAUCCACUCAUUAUGGAUUUAUUUUUGCAAGUUUUACCUACUGCAAAACCUCCUGAAAGCUUAUUUGUACCUCAUAUGUUUGAAAACUUGACAUGUCCAUUAGGACCUUACGAUAAGAACAUAAUUUAUACUGAAAAUGCACCAGAAUUAUAUGAAAAUAUAGAAUUACCUACAGCAUCAUAUCAGGAAGAUCCAUAUGGUGGAGAAAGUUGUAAAUGUGAUUGUCAUAACAUAGAUGACCCAAAUCUUAAAAAUAAAUCAGAACAUUGUGUUUCCUGUGGUACACGGUUUCUUAAUGGAAGAAUUUAUCUUCAAACGCCUGAAGGAUUGCGACCUGCAAAAAUUACAUUUCCUGGAGAGCAUCAGGAGAAACUGGAAAAUAUUGCGCGCGUAUCGUUAAAAAUAGUUGAUAAAGUCAUUCCACCAAUUUCGUCUAAAAAACGACGAAAAUCAUCGAAGAAUGAUUCUAGUCACGAAGAAAAUUGCCAGAAGCAAUGCGCUACAAAAUAUUCGCCAUUAAAAAAUAAUGAAGAUAACGAGAAAGUAGUAGCAAAGUCUAAAAAGAAUGUCAAACUUGCAAUUAAAACAGAUCAAAAGAAGGCUUUAAAAAGAAUAGGCACUGUAGACGAUGCAAUUGUGAACAAAAGAAUACGGAUGUCUCACUGCAGGAAUAAACGAGAAAAGAAGACUGAAGAAAUCGAUGUCUCAUUGGAACAUAAUGAACUUGAUAUUACAGAGCAUGAGAAAACGAGUGAUAUCAUAGAAACAGAAAUCAAUAGCUGUAUGCAAUCGUCAAUGCAAGAUAAUUUAUCAAGUACUGAAAUAAUUACACAAACUUCUGCAAGCAAUAGUGCUGAUUGUGAUUUAAAUUGUAAAAAAAUGGGUACAGAAAUAGCAAUCGUUGAAAAAAAAAUGACAAUCAAGAAUAAUAUCCAGUUAAAUUCUGAUUUAAGGAACACUAAACCGUGGACACGUCAAGAAGAUAUGAUUCUACUACAAAGUGUUAAGAAGGAAUAUUCUGAAAAUUCAUUUCAAUUAAUUAGUGAAAAAUUAAAUAAUCGUACUGUUGAUCAGGUGAAAGAGAGAUGUCAAACUUUACUUUCUUUAUUACAGAAAAUAAUGUAAUAAAUGUAAAUAUGUAUAUAUAUUAUAUAUAAAUUUGGAUCUCUAUGAAUAAUUAUAUAUUUUAAAUCAUUAUAAAGAUAUUUUAGACGAGAAUAAUAUAAUAAUAUUAUUAUAAAACAUCCGACUUUAUGUUGACAUUAAGAAUAUCUUUAGAAAAUUUGCCUAUAAUAGAAAAAAGAGAGAAAAAUUUAUCGAUCCCAAA